AUGUCUGUUGUUAAGCCUUACUCUGAAGCUUUAGACCUUCUUAAGAAGUAUGAAAAGAAGGAUGGUUUAAGUAUUGACGAUUUAAUUCGUCACAACUUCCAAGGUGGUCUUACCUUCAACGACUUUUUGAUUUUGCCUGGUUAUAUUGAUUUUGUUCCUAACAGUGUUUCUUUGGAAACAAAGAUCUCCCGUAAUGUCACUUUGAAGACUCCUUUCGUCAGUUCUCCUAUGGAUACUGUUACGGAAGACCAAAUGGCCAUUUACAUGGCGCUUUCUGGUGGUAUCGGUGUGAUUCACCAUAACUGCACUGCUGAAGAGCAAGCUGAUAUGGUUCGCAAGGUGAAGAAGUACGAAAACGGUUUCAUUACUGAUCCCGUCGUCUUCUCUCCUGAGCACACUGUCGGUGAUGUUUUGAAGAUUAAGGAAACCAAAGGCUUCAGUGGUAUUCCCGUUACUGACACCGGUAAGCUUCGUGGAAAGUUGAUUGGUAUUGUCACUUCUCGUGAUGUCCAAUUCCACAGAGAUGUCGACUCUAAGGUCACUGAAGUCAUGACCAAGGAAAACUUGAUUACUACUCGCGAAGGCAUUAGCUUGGAACGUGCUAACGAGAUUUUGCGUAAUUCUAAAAAGGGCAAACUCCCUGUUGUCGAUGGUGACUUGAAUUUGGUUGCUUUGCUUUCUUUGACCGAUUUGAUGAAGAACUUGAAUUUCCCCAACGCUAGCAAGUCCGCUGAAACCAAGCAGCUCAUGGUUGCUGCUGCUAUCGGUACUCGUGAUGAUGACCGUUACCGUUUGAAGUUGUUGGCCGAAGCCGGUGUCGAUGUCGUUGUUAUCGACUCUUCUCAAGGUAACUCUUGCUUCCAAGUUGAAAUGAUUAAGUUCAUCAAGUCCAACUUCCCCAAACUCGAUGUUGUCGCUGGUAAUGUUGUUACACGUGAACAAGCUGCAAACUUGAUUGCCGCCGGUGCCGAUGGUUUACGUAUUGGUAUGGGUAGCGGUGCUGCCUGUAUCACUCAAGAAGUCAUGGCAUGUGGUCGACCCCAAGCUACCGCUAUUGCCCAGGUUUCUGAAUUUGCUUCCCAAUUUGGCGUCAGUGUCAUCGCUGAUGGUGGUAUUCAAAACAUCGGUCAUAUGGUCAAGAGUCUUACCCUUGGCGCUACCGCCGUAAUGAUGGGUAGUUUGCUUGCUGGUACGACUGAGUCUCCUGGUGAAUAUUAUGUCCGUGAUGGACAACGUUACAAAUCCUACCGUGGUAUGGGUUCCAUUGCUGCUAUGGAGGGCACUGGUAUGAACAAGAAUGCUUCCACUGGUCGUUACUUCUCUGAAAAUGAUGCUGUACGUGUUGCUCAAGGUGUCUCUGGCCUCGUUGUCGACAAGGGCUCUCUUCUUCGCUUCUUGCCUUACCUUUAUACUGGUUUGCAACACGCAUGCCAAGACAUCGGUGUUCGCUCUCUUGAAAAGCUUCAUGAAGCUGUUAACGCUCAUGAUGUCCGUUUCGAAUUGCGUUCUAGUGCUGCCAUUCGUGAAGGUGAUAUCCAAGGUUUUGCUACUUAUGAAAAGCGUUUGUAUUAA